CUAUCGCAUAUUUCCGCAUUGGGACAGCUGCACUCAACACGGUUGCUAAACUUCCCGAGUGGCUCCUCAUCACUCCUCUGUUUGAGGGGUACCCAGGCCCUCGCCUGUGUACCCAGUUACCGUGUAAGCGACGAUCUUUCACGGCCAUUUCUGGGCUGAAUUACGCAAGUUUAGCGUCUAGAAUAACGCAAAUAUGCACUUCUGUCACCCAUGCUAAACCCUAUAUAAGACGAGCACUUCCUUGUGUCAACCGCCAACAUGGAGGCUCUCAGGUCAGUAGGGUCCCGUACGGGUGCCCAUUUAUCGCAGGUGCUUUCGGCAAGAUCAGAAAUCAGGGUAAUCCACGCCCAGGACGCCGCCAACGACGUCGAGUUGUUGGCCCAGAUUGGGUACAAACAAGAGUUGAACAGACACUAUUCCACCAUCCAGGUGUUCGGUAUAGCCUUUAGUAUCAUGGGGUUGUUGCCCAGUGUUGCGUCAGUGAUGGCGUUGGGUCUAGAGUCUGGGGCUUCAGGACUAGUCUGGGGCUGGUUCAUUGCUGGGUUUUUCAUCAUGUGCACAGGUACUUCGCUCACCAUUCUUGGUUCUGCCAUCCCCACCAGUGGAGGCUUGUAUUACUACACCAACUACUACGCUCCUCCAGGGGUUGGUGUGCCCUUGAGUUUCGUGAUCGGGUGCUCCAAUUCGGUGGGCCUCUGUGGUGGGAUCUGCUCGAUCGCCUACGGAUUUGCUACAGAAGUGUUAUCUGCCGUGUACAUCAGUCGUGACGGGGACUUCGAGAUCACCAAUGCGAAGUCGUAUGGAGUGUUUGCGGCUUGUAUCAUUUCCAACGUUCUUAUCUGUUGCCUCACAACCAAGCACACAGCCACUCUUCAAAGUGUAUCCAUAGUGGUCAACGUAUUUCUUAUCAUUUUAUUCAUCAUAGCUGUCCCUAUCGGAGCUUCACACAACGGGUUUAACGAUGCAAAAUACAUUUUUGGGCCCUUGGAAAAUUACCGCACCUGGAACCAAGGCUGGUCGUUUGUGCUUUCGUGGAUGCCAGCAAUUUGGACCAUUGGAUCUUUUGAUGCCGUCAUCCACUGUUCCGAAGAGGCCAAGAAUGCACAAAGAGCCAUUCCAUACGGGAUUUUGGGCAGUAUUGGAGCCUGCUGGAUUUUGGGCUGGAUUCUCUGUAUCGUGUCGGCUGCCACCAUCAAAGGAGGCGUUACUCUGGCCAUAUUGGAUAGCAAUACUGGUAACCCAAUGGCCCAAAUCAUUUAUGAUGCUUUAGGCAAAAAAUGGGCAGUGGCAUUUAUGGCCAUGAUUUCAGUUGGACAAUAUUUAAUGAGUCUCUCUAUUGUCACGGCUGCAUCCAGACAAAUCUGGGCGUUUGCAAGAGAUGACGGUUUGCCUUUCCACAAUUUUGUCAAGUUUGUGAAUCCAGUAUUUAAAGUUCCAAUUAGGGCUACUAUGUUUGCAGGUGUGUUUUCUUUACUUGUUGGCUUGCUUGUUUUGAUUAAUGGUUCUGCUGGAUCAGGAGCAUUAUUCUCGUUAGCAGUGGCUUCCAACAUGUUGGCUUGGGGAGUUCCUACCUUGUUGGUGCUUCUUCCGACCGGUAGGAAAAGGUUUCAACCAGGCCCCUUUUACCUUGGAAAGUAUGUGACUACAGCUGUCCAUAUCACGACUGUAUGCUGGAUUGGGUUCAUCAUUACCAUGUCCAUGUUCCCAGAUUCAAAGUCGGUGAAUAAAAAUUCCAUGAACUACACAUGUGUGAUCAAUGUGGGUGUCUGGCUACUGGCUUUGAUAUAUUACUUCGUUUAUGGUCACAAGUAUUACUCCGGACCCAAAUCCAACCUCGAGGAUGUAUACGAUGGGGAAAACCCAUCAUUCGAGAUUGAUGCCAUGUUGGAUGAGAAAAAUAACUUCGUCAAGAUAUAAUUGUAUAGUAACUAUCACGAAUUAUUGGAGUAAAUCUGAGUAAUGUAACACUAUGCAUUCGUACGGCACCAAUAAUUACUAAACAAUGCACCUAACCGGUGUCAACCCCAAAAUCGGAACGAGGACUUUUAUUGUAGUGGGCUGGCUUAUAUUUACUUUCGGU